AUGUCCUUAUUUCCAAGCUUCGGCCGUCGCGAGUCGAAUCCCGGCAAUCGCGCGCAUUCACCUUUGAAGGACGGGCGACCAGCGAACCCUUCCCUUCUCGACGGCCACCACCGUGAUCUCCGGCCAGCCGUCACUGCGAGAAGUACCUGCUCAUUGAACUCCGCUAGCCGUCGCCGAGAAAUUCUUUCUCGAGCACCCCAACACCUCUGUCAGCCCCGUUGCGAGCUUCUCUUCUCGCCGGCGUCUCACAACAACUUUCACACGGACGUGAAGAGACCACCAGCGACUGCCCUUGUUUCAAAUAGAACCCCGCCCCCGAGGGCCGACCGAGCCACCGCAAGUCUCAGUCGAGCCCCGUCGAGGAAAGUUGCGACCCGUCCGCAACCUCGUCAGCGAGAACGCACGGGAAACCGCUGCAGCAUCCUCCGGCCACCGCUACAGCGCCUCGCCGGUUCUGAGCAGCAACCGAGCAGUCGAGGAGACUCGAGCAGUCCAGGCCGUGAGCAGCAGGCCACCGGGUUGCAGAAAUUCGAGUUGUUGCCCCAAGACGAGAGAACCGGGUCCGACAGCCUUAGACCCAAGCUCUUUGUUCCGUUUUAUUUAGCAACAAAGGAGAGACCGAAGCAGUGUAUUGUGAAGGCUACUGUUGGUGAGUGGCUGGAAGCUGCUGGGGUUGGAGCCAAGUCCAGAAGAUCAAGAUAUGAAGACUUAGUGAGUUGGUCUGGUGUUGUCUAG